GGAAAAAUUUUCCUGCUGUAGAUUUGUGAAUUAUGUUCUGAACUGAACAAGCUACGGAAAAAGAAGGAAAAGAAGCUAACUGGAAAUUUUGUAGUUCUACUAUUUUCGUAAUCCUUGUAAAAGUGAUGGCUAACGAAGAAGAAAUGGAGAGUUUUGAUGUCUCGGAAAGAGAUUUGUACGAUGCUUUUCAGCCCGGCCAGCGUCGUUUUAGGAAGAUGACAAAAAAUCAACAGAUAUAUGGGGUAUUUGAUGAAGAUGAAGGAGAAAAUCCUCGUUCGUCUUCAUCUUCCAACCGCCAAAGUUUUUCUAAAUCUUCGACAAAUAAAGACUAUACGACACCAGUUGAUUUUGUCAAAGGUGGGAUUCAAGAAGGUUCAAAGAAGGAGAAAAUCCCUGAAAAAAACAAGCUUUUUUCAUAUUCUGAAAGUGAGGAGGAGGAGGAUUCCUUAAUAGGUUUUGGUGGGCGCAACCAGAAGCCAGGAAAGCUGUCCCAAGAAAAAGAAGUUAAAAAACAACCUAGAAAAAUGUUUGAGAGGUUUAACAAAGACUCGAAACCCCCAGGAUCCAGUGAUCUGGGUGAAUGGGAAAAACAUACAAAAGGCAUUGGAGCAAAGCUUCUAUUUCAGAUGGGCUACCAACCAGGUAAAGGUCUUGGAAAAAGUUUACAAGGUAGAAGUGAACCUGUUGAAGCGCAAGUCCGAAAAGGAAGGGGAGCAAUUGGUAUCUAUGGAUCUGAGCACAAAAAUGAUUCUGCCAAGAAACAAGCGUCGGAUGACGAAGAAGAACAAGAGUACAAGAAAAACUUGGCUCACUGGCGAAAAGAUUUGGUUGAGCCAUCCUCCAAAAAGAAGAAGGUUCAAUAUUUAUAUAGAACAACGGAAGAGGUAAUCGAAGAAAUGUCCAAAAGUGGUGUUCAUAGAAUGGCCCGUGAAUACAGUGAAAUUUCCAAGGCGAAAGUUAUCGAUAUGACUGGACGAGAACAGCGUGUACUUCAGGGCUAUAGCGCACUGAGAACGAAGAAAACCGAAGAGCCAAAUGACACCGAAGCCGUUGCAGGAAUUAAGAAAGAUAAGUUUCAACUUGAAAAACUGUGUUACAAUUUGGACACUCUGGUGGACCUUUGUGAACACGAAAUCAUUCAGAACGCCAAAGAGUUGUCAUACAACCAAGAUCAAAUAGUUGCUAUGGAGGCACAAAUGAAAACCAUGAGUGUUGAGGUUUCUAAAGAAAUUACCCGUAUGGAAAUGCUUACGGCGAUGCUGGGAGUUUUGGAGCAGCUUGAAAUUAAACAAGCUACAAACGAGCUAACUUUAGACUACCUUUGGGAGCAGAUAAGAAAAUUAGAACAAAACUAUCCUGAAGAAUAUGUAUCAUCUGAUCUAGCCAACGUUACUCUGAAUUACCUCAUCCCACUGACGAAGUUACGUCUGUCUACGUACUGGCGCCCGUUGGAUUCGAAAUCCACAGAUGAGGCUUGUCGUUUAAUUUUUCAACGAUGGAGACCUAUUCUAGAGUUUUGUAACAAAACUCAGACUAACAGUAGGGGCGGUAUCAUUAAAAAUGACAGCCGGAUGGAUCCCUAUCACGCUUUAUUGUGGCAUGCUUGGAUGCCAGCAUUUCGGGGACUUGUUGGGCAAUGGAGUUGUAAAAAUGCCGAUCCUAUGGUUGAUUUACUUGAAUCGUGGGAACCAAUUUUACCAAACUGGAUCAUGGAAAAUAUUUUGGAUCAACUUAUUCUUCCUAAAAUCCAAAAAGAAGUAGACAGUUGGAACCCAUUAACUGAUCUUAUUCCCAUCCAUUCGUGGAUUCAUCCGUGGCUUCCACGACUUGGUUCGAAACUGGAAAUUGUAUACCCCAACAUUCGGCAUAAAAUGUCUCAAGCCUUGGUUGCUUGGUCACCUUCCGAUCAAUCUGCGAGAUCCGUUUUAUUACCUUGGGUUCCAGUUUUCUCCAAGGGUUCCAUGGAUGCCUUUCUUAUUAAGAAUAUUUUACCAAAGUUACAAAUUGCUAUCACGAAGUGGGAUAUCAAUCCCAGUCGACAAGAAUUAGAUGUCUGGCAUUGGGUUAUGAACUGGAAAGACCUCAUGCCUGUACAGAGCCUUAUUCAGUUACUUGUAUCAAGCUUUUUCCCGAAGUGGUUACAGGUUUUGGUUGCUUGGCUCAACCACCAUCCAAACUAUGAAGAAAUCGUUGUUUGGUAUACCGGUUGGAAGGCCUUAUUUCCUCCAGAAAUUGCGCAAAACCCAGCUAUUCAAGAACAAUUCACUAGGGCGCUGGAUUUAAUGAACCGUUCUCUGGCGGUCGGAGGCCAAGUGGAUUUCACGCCUCCACCAGUAGCUGUUAUGACCCCUACAGUAGCUGCUCCAACUCCCCCAGUGGCUGAAACUGCAGUACCACAUGGAUUUCGUGAGCUCAUUGAAUAUCGUUGCGCACAGCAAGGAAUUUUGUGCAUUCCACUUGUCAACCGUUUUCAUGCCGGGAGACCAAUUUUCCGAGUUGGAAAUGUUCUGUGUUAUUUCGACCGACAGGUUGUAUUUGUUCUCAUUAAUGGUGUGUGGACCCCUGUGACAGCGCAGCAGUUAUUGGAUAUGGCAGUAUUGUAAUACGGCUUGAAAGUAUUAUUGUCAUACGAUGUUACGUUGUGCUGUGAAUAAUAAAUGCUUUGUUUAUUUCUG